AUGACUGUUCCAGACUAUAUUUCCCGGGUGACUGUUAGCUCGGUACUGAACAAAAAUACCCAGCUCUACGGAAAGCAGUUUCUUUUCGACGGAAAGCCAGAUACCUGCUGGCAAUCCGAUUCUGGAGCCUACCAGUGGAUCCGCCUUAGUUUCUCUAAUCCAAUCAAGAUCGUUUCCCUUAAUCUUCAAUUUCAAGGUGGUUUCGUGGCCGAGGAGGCUUCUCUUCAACUUUGGAAUGACCCUAAAGAUGAUAAAAUUGUUAUUCCUUUUUACCCUGCAAAUUCUAACUCUCUUCAAUCAUUUGAAUUCUCCCAAGAAGGUUCCUUUUCUAAUGCAGCUAUAGUUUUUAAGAAAUCAACCGAUUUCUAUGGUCGGAUAGUCGUCUACAAAUUCGAACUUACACCCGCUUAA